AAUUCAGGAAAUCUGUGCUUUUCGGAGAAGUUUGAAAACAUUGCUCAAAUCAUAAAAUGUUUCAAGUUCUGAGCAGAGUCUUCACAUACCUGCAUUUAUCCAAUAACUACUUCUUUCCUUAUUCUAAAAAAAUAGUUCCAAUCCUAGGCUUAGGUCCCAUGAUUAUACUUUACAACAUUGAGGUAGUCUGAGUUCUAUUAAAUAUACAUAUUCAUUGUAAGAGGGAAAAUUUAUUUUAUAAAGUUUCCAGUGGAAUUGAAUAAAAUUUUAUCUCGCAUCUCUCCUAGAUUUGUUAGAGAUGCUAUUUGAGUCUCCUUGCAGAAGUACUUUUAUUUGUUAUACGAUAAUUUUAUUAACAGAGAAGUUAAUAGAAUUUUUUUCUAAAAUUUUUAGAAAUAACACCUUUUUGAUAAUUGAAAAAGUUCACGAAACGCAGUAUUGAACUAGAAAAUCUUCGUUUACCGUAGUUUUUUUUAUACGACUUCGAACUUUGGACAUAAAUCAUACGAUAUGAAAAGUAUUUGAAACAAGAGGAGAUUAUAAUAUUUUAAUCUGACUUUAAUGUUUUAACAAGAGAUAAAACGAUCGUCGGCCUAAGAUUCAGAAAAACAUUAGUAACAAUAAAAGCCUUAUGAAUUCAAAUCUCAGGAAUAUAAAGGUACGAAGCGAUUGGAUGAUUAGCUACUAUGUGAUAUCGAAACUCUUCGAAUAUCGAUAGAAAUGUUUUGCAUUUAACGAUUGCAAGCUUUCGCUGUGCAUGGUGGUCCUUCUAGUGGGAACCAUGAAAGCAUGAAUAAAAUGGUAACCGAAUCAUCCACUAGUACAAAAGAUGAUGAAAUAGAAUGUCAAAAAGCACAAGAAGUUAUUGGUAUGCUUUUGCAAAAGCCUGAUGACAACAAUGAAGAUGUUUUAGAAGGAGCUGCAUUUGCAGUUGGUAAAAGUGCAUCAGAUUUACCGACAUCUGCAGUUACUGUAUCUGUUGCUGGUUCUCCUCCUUUUAAUAUAUGUCAUGUUUCACUCACAGAAGCUGGAAUGAUUUUAGAACCAGGUGAUGUUAUAAGGCAUACUUUAGAUAGUACAUCCUCAAUUCAGUUAGAAGAUGGAACAACAGCAUUUGUUCAGAACUUUGAGCCAGUGGAUGAAUCUGAUAGCAGUGAUACGACUGCAAAAUUUAUUGAUGGUCAAGCUGUUCAGUUAGAAGACGGCACUACUGCUUUUAUUCAUGCUGCACCUAGAGAGGGCUUACAAGCUGUUCAGCUAGAAGAUGGUACAUUAGCGUAUUUAUCCCAAGCUGGAACUGAGCUUUUCAAUGGCGAAGCUUCUAGUCUCUUAGAACACUUAACGAAUAAUUCUCAGGUUACUGAAAAUGAAGUGAAAGACCUUGAUGGAAAAGUGGCUGAUAAUUAUACUAAAGGAUCUUCCCGAGUUGUUGGAAAGCCAUUUCCAUGUCAGUACUCCAACUGUAAUAGAUUAUAUACCACACUACAUCAUUUACGAGUUCAUGAAAGAUCUCAUACUGGUGAUCGUCCUUUCAAGUGCACCAUUGAGGGUUGUGGGAAAGCUUUUGCUACUGGUUAUGGUCUUAAGAGUCACACUCGAGUACACACAGGCGAGACACCAUACAAGUGCCCAGAAGAAACAUGUUUGAAAGCUUUCAAAACUUCUGGAGAUCUGCAGAAGCAUGUUCGGACACACACAGGUGAAAGACCUUUUAAAUGUUCUUUCAGUGGCUGCAAUCGAGCUUUCACUACUUCAAACAUUCGCAAAGUCCACCUCAGAACUCAUACUGGAGAACGACCUUAUAUUUGUAAAGCGGAGGGCUGUGGAAGAGCUUUUGCUAGUGCAACAAAUUAUAAAAACCAUAUUAGGAUACAUACAGGUGAAAAACCAUAUGUAUGCACAGUAGCAGGUUGCAAUAAAAGAUUUACUGAAUAUUCUAGCUUAUACAAACACCAUGUUGUUCAUACUCACUCAAAGCCUUAUGUCUGCAGUUUCUGUGGGAAAACUUAUAGACAAACAUCCACUUUAGCUAUGCAUAAACGAACAGCACAUGGUGUUCUAGAUCAAAAUGAAGGUGCUACUACUUCUGAAGAAACUCCACAAGAUUCUGAGCAGCAAAUUGAUGAUCCUUCUGAAACUACUCAUGAGGAAAUGUGCGUAGAUGAAGAAAUAGACCAAAAAGCUAAUCAUAAAAUUGAUGGUGUACAGCAGGAGUCUGUUGAAACUAUUCUGCCUGAUAAUAAAUCAUUUCCUACUAUAGUUACUCUUCAAAAUGAUACUCCAAACCAAAUGCUACAAGAACAUCCAGUGUAUGCAGUUCAACUUCAAGAUGAUGGUACCUUAUCAUCGACAAUGCAACAAAUUGUACUUGUUACUGACACUUCACAAUUAGCUGCUUUGCAGCAACUUGCUCAGCAAGGCCAGUUUGACACUGCUCUUUCAUCUUCAGACAUGAAUUCAGCACAAAACAGUUCCCAAAUCAGCAUGUGUACUUCCAAUCAAACUUUAAAGACAAACAGACGAUUGCAUUGUAAAUCUGAUGAUGAAAAGAUCUGUUCAUGAUUUAAAAUUAUUUGUAAAUAUUUCAGAGUCAAAAUAAGCCUAGUCAUUCUUGUAAUGUUUUGUCCAUGAUUGAAUUCUUUUUGUAUA